UUGGAUGUUCAAGCAGACAAGGAGAUGCCUGCUGCUGGGAUGCCGAGUCUUCUCCAGAGUUCUCCUGAGAAUCCUCAAAGUCCACCCGAGGGGCCUGACCAGUCUCCUCUCCAGAGUCCUGUGAGCGCCUUCAUCUCCUCCACUUCAUUGAGUCUUCAGAGUCCUCCUGAGAGUCCUCAGAGUCCACCUGAGGGGCCUGUACAGUCUCCUCUCCUGAGUCCUGUGAGCUCCUCCUCCACUUCACUGAGUCUUCCCCUGAGUUCCCCUGAGUAUCCCCAGAGUCCUCCUGAGGGGACUGCCCAGGCUCCUCUCCAGAGUCCUGUGAGCACCUUCAUCUCCUCCACUUCAUUGAGUCCUCAGAGUACUCCUGAGAGUCCUCAGAGUCCACCUGAGGGACCUGUACCGUCUCCUCUCCUGAGUCCUGUGAGCUCCUCCUCCACUUCACUGAGUCUUCCCCUGAGUUCCCCUGAGUAUCCCCAGAGUCCUCCUGAGGGGCCUGCCCAGUCUCCUCUCCAGAGUUCUGUGAGCACCUUGGUCUCCUCCACUUCAUUGAGUCCUCAGAGUACUCCUGAGAGUCCUCAGAGUCCAACUGUGAGCUCCUCCUCCACUUCACUGAGUCUUCCCCUGAGUUCCCCUGAGUAUCCCCACAGUCCUCCUCAGAGGCCUGCCCAGUCUCUUCUCCAGAGUCCUGUGAGCACCUUCAUCUCCUCCACUUCACAGAGUCCUCAGAGUACUCCUGAGAGUCCUCAGAGUCCACCUGAGGGGCCUGUACAGUCUCCUCUCCUGAGUCUUGUGAGCUCCUCCUCCACUUCACUGAGUCUUCCCUUGAGUUCCCCUGAGUAUCCCCAGAGUCCUCCUGAGGGGCCUGCCCAGUCUCCUCUCCAGAGUCCUGUGAGCACCUUCAUCUCCUCCACUUCAUUGAGUCCUCAGAGUACUCCUGAGAGUCCUCAGAGUCCACCUGAGGGGCCUGUACAGUCUCCUCUCCUGAGUCCUGUGAGCUCCUCCACUUCACUGAGUUUUACCCUGAGUUCACCUGAGUAUCCCCAGAGUCCUCCUGAGGGGCCUGCCCAGUCUCCUCUGCAGAGUCCUGUGAGCACCUUCGUCUCCUCCACUUCAUUGAGUCCUCAGAGUACUCCUGAGAGUCCUCAGAGUCCACCUGAGGGGCCUGUACAGUCUCCUCUCCUGAGUCCUGUGAGCUCCUCCUCCACUUCACUGAGUCUUCCCCUGAGUUCCCCUGAGUAUCCCCAGAGUCCUCCUGAGGGGCCUGCCCAGUCUCCUUUGCAGAGUUCUGUGAGCACCUUCGUCUCCUCCACUUCAUUGAGUCCUCAGAGUACUCCUGAGAGUCCUCAGAGUCCACCUGAGGGGCCUGUACAGUCUCCUCUCCUGAGUCCUGUGAGCUCCUCCUCCACUUCACUGAGUCUUCCCUUGAGUUCCCCUGAGUAUCCCCAGAGUCCUCCUGAGGGGCCUGCCCAGUCUCCUCUCCAGAGUCCUGUGAGCACCUUCAUCUCCUCCACUUCAUUGAGUCCUCAGAGUACUCCUGAGAGUCCUCAGAGUCCACCUGAGGGGCCUGUACAGUCUCCUCUCUUGAGUCCUGUGAGCUCCUCCACUUCACUGAGUUUUCCCCUGAGUUCAUCUGAGUAUCCCCAGAGUCCUCCUGAUGGGCCUGCCCAGUCUCCUCUCCAGAGUGCUCUGAGCCCCUUCAUCGCUUCCACUUCGUUGAAUCUUUCCCAGAGUUUCCCUGAGAGUCCUCAGAGUCCUUCUGAGGGGCCUGCCCAGCCUGCUUUCCAAAGUUUGGUGUGGUCCUUCUCCUCCACUUCACUGAGUCUUCUCCAGAGCUUCCCUGAGAGUCCUCAGCGUCCUCCUGAGGGGCCUGCCCAGCCUAUUUUCCAGAGAUUUGUGUGCUCCUUCCCCACUUCACUGAGUCUUCUCCAGAGUUUCCCUGAGAGUCCUUGGAGUUCUCCCGAGGGGCCUGUGCAGUCUCCUCCCCAGAGUCCUGUGAGCUCCUCCUCCUCCAGUUCAUUGUGUCUUCUCCAGAGUUCUCCCGAGAGCCCUCAGAGUCCUCCUGAGGGGCCUGCACAGUCUCCUCUCCUGAGUCCUGUGAGUUGCUCCUCCACUUCACUGAGUCUUCCCCACAGUUUCCCUGAGUGUCCUUGGAUUCCUCCUGACGGGCUGUCCCAAUCUCCUCUCCAGAGUCCUGUGAGCUCAUUCUCCUCCUCCUCCCGCUCCCCCUCCUCCUCCUUUUCCUCCUCUUCUUCCUUCUCCUCCUCCUCCUCCUCCUCCAGUUCAUUGAGAUUUCUCCAGAGUUCUUCUGAGAGUCCUCAGAGUCCUCCUGAGGGGCAUGCGCAGCCUCCUCUCCUGAGUCCUGUGAGCUCCUCCUCCACUUCACUAUGUCUUCCCCCAAGUUCCCCUGAGAGUCCUCAGUGUCCUCCUGAGUGGCCUGCGCAGUCUCCUCUCCUGAGUUUUGUGAGCUCCUUCUCGUCAAUUUCACUGCGUCUUUCACUGAGUUCUCCUGAGAGUCCUCCUGAGGGGCCUGCCGAGUUUGCUCUCCCGAGUUUUGAGUGCUCGUUCUCCUCCACUUCACUGAAUCUUCUCCAGAGUUUCCCUGAGAGUCCUUCCGAGGGGCCUGCCCAGUCUCCUCCCCGGAGUCCUAUGAGCUCCUUCUCCUCCCUCUCUUCCAGUCCACUGUGUCUUCUCCAGAGUUCCCCUGAGAUUCCUCAGAAUCCUUCUGAGGGGCCAGCCCAGUCUGCUCUCCAGAGUUUUGUCCGCUCCGUCUUCUCUGACUGUUUGAGUCUUCUUGAGAGUUCUCCUGAGUGUCUCCAGAGUCCUCCUGAGGGCCCUUCCCAGUCUGCCCUCCAGGGUCCUGUGAGCUCCUCCUUCAUUCCAUUGAGUUUCCCCCCGAGUUCCCCUGAGUGUCCCCAGAGUCCUCCUGAGGGCCCUUCUCAGUCUGCCCUCCAGGGUCCUGUGACCUCCUCCUCCUUCAGUCCAUUGAGUUUUCCCCCGAGUUCCUCUGUGUGUCCCCAGAGUCCUGAGGGCCCUUUCCAGUCUGCCCUCCAGAGUCCUGUGACCUCCUUCUCCUUUGGUCCAUUGACUCUUACCCCGAGUUCCCCUGAGUGUCCCCAGAGUCCUCCUGAGAGCCCUUCCCAAUCUGCUCUCCAGGGUCCUGUGACCUCCUUCUCCUUCAGUCCAUUGAGUUUUCCCCCGAGUUCCCCUGUGUGUCCCCAGAGUCCUGAGGGCCCUUUCCAGUCUGCCCUCCAGGGUCCUGUGACCUCCUUCUCCUUCAGUCCAUUGAGUUUUCCCCUGAGUUCCCCUGUGUGUCCCCAGAGUCCUGAGGGCUCUUCCCAGUCUGCCCUCCAGAGUCCUGUGACCUCCUCCUCCUUUGGCCCAUUGAUUCUUACCCCGAGUUCCCCUGAGUGUCCCCAGAGUCCUCCUGAGGGCCCUUCCCAAUCUUCUCUCCAGGGUCCUGUGACCUCUUUCUCCUUCAGUUCAUUGAGUUUUCCCCCAAGUUCCCCUGUGUGUCCGCAGAGUCCUGAGGGCCCUUUCCAGUCUGCCCUCCAGGGUCCUGUGACCUCCUUCUCCUUCAGUCCAUUGAGUUUUCCCCCGAGUUCCCCUGUGUGUCCCCAGAGUCCUGAGGGCUCUUCACAGUCUGCCCUCCAGAGUCCUGUGACCUCCUCCUCCUUUGGCCCAUUGACUCUUACCCCGAGUUCCCCUGAGUGUCCCCAGAGUCCUCCUGAGGGCCCUUCCCAAUCUGCUCUCCAGGGUCCUGUGACCUCGUUCUCCUUCAGUCCAUUGAGUCUUACCCCGAGUUCCCCUGAGUGUCCUCAGAGUCCUUCUGAGGGGCCUGCCCAGUCUCCUCCCCAGAGUCCUGUGAGCUCCUUCUCCCUCUCUUCCAGUCCUUUGUUUGUUCUCCAGGGUUCCCCUGAGAGGCCUCAGAAUCCUUCUGAGGGGCCUGCCCAGUCUGCUCUCCAGAGUUUUGUGCGCUCCAUCUUCUCUGACUGUUUGAGUCUUCUCGAGAGUUCCCCUGAGUGUCCCCAGAGUCCUCCUGAGGACCCUUCCCAGUCUGCUCUCCAGGGUCCUGUGAGCUCCUUCUCCUUCAGUCCGUUGAGUCUUACCCCGGGUUCCCCUGUGUGUCCCCAGAGUCCUGAGGGGCCUUCCCAGUCUGCCCCCCAGGGUCCUGUGAGCACCUUCUCCUCCUGUCCAUUCCGUCUUCCCCUGAGUUCCCCUGAGUGUCCCCAGAGUCCUCCUGAGGGGCCUUCCCAGUCUGCUCUCCAGGGUCCCGUGGGCUCUUUCUACUCCUCCACUUUAUGGAACCCAUCCAGUGAAGAGUCCAGCAGCCCAGCAGAUGAAGAUACAAGAACCUCAGACACCUUACUAGACAGUGAGUCCUUGACAGAUAAUGAGUCCCUGACAGCCACUGAGCCCUUGGUUGCUCAUACACUGGAUGAAAAGGUGGAUGAGUUGGUGCGGUUUCUUCUUCUCAAAUAUCAAGCGAAGGAGCCUGUCACAAAGGCAGAGAUGCUGACGAUUUUCGUCAACAGGUACAGGGGCUACUUUCCUAUGAUCUUCAGGAAAGCCCGUGAGUUCAUAGAGAUUCUUUUUGGCAUUGCCCUGACAGAAGUGGGCCCCGACCACUCCUAUGUCUUUGUAAAUACAUUAGACCUCACCUGUGAAGGGAGUCUGAGUGAUGAGCAAGGCAUGCCCCAGAACCGCCUCCUGACACUUAUUCUGAGUAUAAUCUUCAUAAAAGGCUCCUGUGCCUCUGAGGAGGUCAUCUGGCAUGUGCUGAAUGGAAUAGGGGUAUGUGCUGGGAGGGAGCACUUCAUCUUUGGGGAGCCCAGGGAGCUCCUCACUAAAGUUUGGGUACAGGAACAUUACCUGGAGUACCGGGAGGUGCCCAACACUUCUCCUCCACGUUAUGAAUUUCUUUGGGGUCCCAGAGCCCAUUCAGAAAUCAGCAAGAGAAAAGUAGUAGAGUUUUUGGCCAUGCUAAACAAUACCGUCCCUCGUUCCUUUUCACCCUCAUACAAGGAUGCUUUGAAACAUCUAGAAGAGAGAGCCCAGGCCACAAUUGACACCACAGAUGACUCCACUGUCACAGACGGUGCAAGCUCCGAUGUUUCCCAGCCCGUCUUCCCCUGAGCAAAGUCUAAGGCAGAAUCUUCCUUUUGAGUGUGAACAGGGCAGGCGAGUUUCUAUGCCAUGGAGGGCCCGGGUGAAGCUGGCGAGAACACAGUGUUUGCGUUUCUGUUCCAUAUGAUAGUUUAGGGAUUUACCUAUUUUACUUUGGGGUAUUUUUCAAAUGCUUUUCCUUUUAAUAACAGGUUUAAAUAGCUUCAGAAACUUAGUUUAUGGAGUUUAUGAAUAUUAGUCACACAUGUGCUGCUGUUUAACUGGUUUAGGAGUAACGGUUUGAUAGUUUGUAAAACACACACACACACACACACACGAUUGGGAAAACCUGCCUUUCUGUGGUCUGUCACACUUUAAUAUGGUAUUACUGUAGCAAUUUUCUUUAAACUGUAAAAGAACUCUGGAGUUGAAUAGUGGAACAAAACAAAGAAUUGUUAAUAUUUGCAUUUCCUCAUAACCUUUAGUCUGUUGUUCUUGAAAAUUAAAGAUACAUACCUGGUUUUCUUGGCUUGUUUAAUAAAGUAGCAGAGAUUAAAUGAUAAUAAAUAAAAA